AUGACAUGUCUUUCGAGUGAUCACAAAUAUCUAUUCAUUGCUGGUGGAAUAACAGCAAAUACUCAACAUGAUGACUUGAUUGUUUAUGACCUUACUAAAGGAAGAUUAAAUAUUUAUAGAGAUAUUAUGAGAGUUAGUAAUGAGAUGAAUGCAAAUUCUAAUCCUAUCUUGGCUGGUCAAUUUAUGAUUGAAAUGAAUGGAGAUAUUUAUAUUUUUGGGGAUUCUGUUUACAAAAUUCAGAAAAUAUUCAAACCACAGGAAAUUUGUUUUACUCCUGGAAUGUUAAAUUCAUGGUAUGGAGGAUUUUACUUGUACUCACGAAGAACUCAUUUCUCAUUUAAUAGUACCAUUGCUGAGGGUGGUAUUGAUGUUUUUGUUUUUGGUGGGAAAACUUUAGCAAAUUCAAUCUUGGAUGAUUUAUACAUUAUUCAUAUUCCUAAUAAUGUAAAUAAUCAAAUUCCAAUGGCAUAUGCUAAAGUAGAAAAGCCAAGAAGAGGAGAAAGAGAUUGGCCAUCAGCUAGAUUUGGACAUUCAUCGUGUAUUAUUGCUAACUUGAUGUUUGUUUAUGGUGGAAUGAGUGCUAAAAAUCAAUUGUUAAAUGACUUGUACGUAUUUGACACAUCUACUCGUGUUUGGACUGAAAUCAACGUUGAAUCAAUGCUUCCCCCAUACACAGGCACAAUAAUCUUGAGUAACUCGAAAGAGGUAAAUCAAUUUUUGGAAUUUGUCAAGUUAGUGUCUGAAGUAAAGCAUUUUCCAUACAUUCAAAAGAUUUGUAGUAUGGAUUUGAGAAAGGAUUUGAGUUUAACACGAGAAAUUUUGGAAGUUAUGCACAAAGAUUUUACAAGUUUGAUCGAUGAUAAGACCUACAGCGAUUUAGUGAUUGUAUUGGACCAUGAUGGCUCUAACCAACCUCCUCCAAUGGAAGAAAUCUCAAUGGAAGACGAGUUGCUUUCACCUCUUUCAGACAGUAAGAUUCCUUCUUCUGGAAUUUUUGUACACAAAUUGAUUGUCUCACGAUCUCCAUUCUUUGCAAGAAUGUUUGUUACAAGUGGUAUGUUGGAAAGCAAAGAGAAGGUUGUGCACUUGACAGACUAUUCAAAGGAGAUCAUGAUGGACUUGUUAAAAUAUUUGUACACUGACAUUAUUCAACUAAGUCCAAGAAACUGUUUAGGUAUUUUGGUUUAUUGCUUAAUGUUAGAUUUGGGUGACUUGGCCAGUUGUUGCAGAAGAAUGGUUUCAUCUCUAGUAGACAAUAAUAAUGUGUGGACAAUACAUGAGAUAGCAGUUCUUUACAAUGAAAAGACACUGGAAUGUUCAUGUGAACAAUAUAUUGCCAAUAACUAUGCAACACUAAGCACCAACUCUUUCUUUUUGGAAUUACCUGAUAUGAGCAGAAUUAAGAUUAAGCAAAUCUAUGACAGGAAGAAUAAGAAGAAGUAA